AGCAUCUUCUUCUUCUUCUUCUACCAAAACCAAUGAAAACCAUCCAUCAAUGACAGCCUGUUAUUUGCAUCGCAGGACUCUGAAAUGAGGAGGAUUUUUGGUACUCAGGUUAUAAAACCGCCCAGCUGACUGUCUGCAAUAGGACCUUUGGAGCAUCACACUUUGUGGAGACAAAAUGAGACCUCUGAUUGGCCUUUUCCUCAUCGCCGUCUCCAUGGCAUUGGCUGGGAGUGUUCCCAUUAGGACCCUGGUAUUCUCCACUGCAACGAGCACCAGUUAUGUUGAGAUGAUCCCUCAGAAGCCGAUGAACCUGACUGCGUUCACUCUGUGCAUGCGAGUGGCCACGGAGCUCAGCGGCCAGCGAGAGAUCAUCCUCUUUGCAUACCGGACAGGAAGCUACGAUGAGCUGAAUGUGUGGCGUGAACUGGAUGGAAGACUGUCCUUUUACCUGGCUGGAGGUGGUGUUUUAUUUAAAGUCCCUGAGCUCAGAGCCCUGAUUACCCACCUGUGUGUCACCUGGGAUUCCACUUCAGGUUUAGCUGCCCUCUUCCUGGAUGGAAAGAGGAGCUUAUCCAAAAUCUACAAGAAGGAUCACACUGUCAGCCCAGGAGGCAGGGUUAUCCUGGGACAAGAUCCAGAUUCUUUCCUAGGUUCUUUUGAUGAGCAGCAGAGUUUUGUUGGUGAGAUCUCUGAUGUGAACAUGUGGGAUGUUGUUCUGCCAGAUAGCGUGAUACAAGACAUGUUUGCAGGGCAGAGAGAACCAAGAGGAAAUGUUUUUGACUGGGACAGCACAGAGCUGAGAACUAACGGGGACGUAGAGCUCGCCAUUCGUGAGCUGUAGUUAUAAUGCUCUGAAAUAAUGGUUAUUAAUCAAACUGUGUAUCAAUAUCACUAAUGUUACUUUAAGUUUUUAAAACAUAUGUGCUGACAUCACCUGUUUUUAAUUAUAUAUUAAAUACUCAACACAGAUGCAUAUUGUUCUAGGUUAUUCUUAUCACUUACUUGUACUUACUUUUAAUCACACUGUCAUAGUCCCAUUGUUAUAUUAUCAGAGUUUUUACAGCUUUUCUGUCAGUUAUUUCCAUGCAGUGAGUUUUAUGAGUUUCCUUCCCCAGUCUCAGUCUAACGUUGCUGCAUGUAGGUACGUGUCUAACCGCUGCAUUUGUUAUUUGUCUUCAUUUUUACUACCCCUCCUGUCGCCUGUGUCUAGUUACCCUAAUGACCCUUGUAUGUAUAAAUUUGUGCCAUCUUCCCCUCACACUUUCUGUUUUAACGUCUGUGAUGAUAUCUUGUAUGUUUUCUCUCCAUGUACUUGUGGAUUUGGUUUCAUAAAACCUUUUACGUUUUCCUUUGUAGACUUGUGCCAUCAGCUUAUUAAAGAUUGUCUU